AUGGGGCGUCAUGAUUUAUUUCAAAUAAGGUGUCAAAGUACUAUUGCUAACAAUUAUCUUCUCUUGAGCCAUGACUACAUGAAAUACAUCUUUUUUCGCGUAAAGCAUCUUGUUUUGCUGCGACAAAUGUGUGCUUCGUCUGAAAGGAUGGGUGAUGCUUUGCCUGUCCCUCUAUCCUCCUCCUCGAUCCUACGACCAUCAGUGCUGUCAGAUAGAUUAAAAGUAGUUGAUACCGAUGUGAAAACAUCAACAUUUGAGCCUCUAAUGAAGUCAACAAAACCACUUGUAGAAGCGCCAAAGUUUACUCCCACACGUUCUAUUUCUGCUUCUGUGGAACCCACCAACGCACCUGGUUAUGUUUUCGGGCAAAAUAUGAGUUCCCGGGUUGUAAAUGCAAAUGAAGGAGCCUCAGAAAACAUUUGGCAGGCUGUCACAUCAGAUAAUCAUAGUGAUGAUAAUCAGGAAGACUCCAGUACCUCCGUGUUUACAACUCUUGCGAAGGCAGUGGCUAAACGGUCUAAGCAGAUAGAGGGAGAACUCCUCGAAGACUCUGCUGUAGCUUUGGCAAGAAAGCGCAACGCCGCGCAGAUUUCACUACCUUCCACCACCAUUGGCGAGCAGCACGAGAUUAUUACGGGCGAGGAGGAUGAGCGAACGGUGCUUGAGCUUACCUGCAACGCCUACGUUUUUGAUCGCGACUCGAAGCAGUGGAAGGGCAUAGGACAGAGCUACCUCCACUUGAAUGACACCACGCUUACUGACCGCACCACUUCGCGUCUUAUUAUCCGUUUACAGUAUACCCGACGUGUGGUGGUGAACACUCGCAUCUGGUCAGAGAUGCCGGUGGCCUAUGUGGCGGAGAACAAGGCAGUGCGAAUUGGCGCGCUGACAGUCGCCGGGAGGGGCCAGACAGACAUUGAGGGCGCCAUCCGCACCUACAUGCUGCGCUUUACUGCCGCCGAUUCGGCACGCUUUCUCUUUGAGGCACUACAAGAGCGUCGACUAUCUGCGGAGAAGUUGGAGACUUUUGUCAAACGAUCCCGUCUAGAGGAAUCCCAGACAUCUGUAGUAGCGGCAAAUAAUGCCACGAACGCAUCCGAUUUUUCACAUGGCGAAUCUGGUGCCCUCCAUGAGAAGGAGUCAAAUUCAAGCGAACACGAGGAAGCCACGACGCUGGACGGUGGUAGUGUGACGAAGUCCAUUACAGUGACAGCGAUGUCUUUCUUAUGUCGCCGCGUUCGUCUCUAUGCGGCCUCUGGUACGCUGACUGAGGAGGUGGAAUUGGAGGACGGAGAUGGGAAGAUGGCAGUAGUGAACAUCACAGACUUCCCACAGAGUGGCGCCUCCGUACUUGAGGUGAAUGCACCCGACAGAGGUGCGGGAUCUCUGCUGACCGCGGCCAUUGGCUCGCGCCUUGCCUUCUGUCGCCUCGGCGACUCCGAGGUGCAUCUUUUCUGCACCACUGAGGUCUCUGACGACUCUGUCGAGGGUGGCGGCGUCGUCGACGUUGCAAGGUUGGAUAAGAGCUGCCGCUUACAACUGGCCUCCUCAUCCGAAGCCGAGCGUCUUUACCGCUCUAUCUUGCUACGUGUCGUGCGCCUCUUCAUGGAAACCUCCGGCAUGAUCAGGGAACGCAGGGAAUUGAACGACGAUCAAACAUCUGAAAAUGCAUCAAGCGCCUGA